AUGAUAACAAUACAGGUUGAACCCAGCGGUGCUAAUAUGACAAGAGCACAAGAAAGUAAAACGGCCAAGUCACUGUCCGAUACGUUUCUGUUCUUCAUUCGUGUAAGCGGAUUGUUUGCUGUAUCGUACUGUGCUAUUGUCGAGUUCAAGAUGAUGUCCAACCAAAUGGAAAUGCGCGUGAAGGAAAAUGAGCCAGAUCUGGAAGUGACCCUGGAGUUCUUUUAUGGCAAACACGAGGCCAUGUGUAUCGUAGAUGACUAUGACACAGCCUCACUGGAGAGAGUCGUCGUAACAAGUCUAAUGAUUUCAUCAUCCAUGAUGGGAAUAUUUAUGGUUCUUGUCGUUGGUGGAUAUGUAAAUUCCAAGGUUGAACCCAGCGGUGCUAAUAUGACACGAGCACAAGAAAGUAAAACGGCCAAGUCACUGUCCGAUACGUUUCUGUUCUUUAUUCGUAUAGCUGCCUGCUUAAUACUGUACGUAAUAGUAUCGUACUGUGCUACUGUCGAGUUCAAGAUGAUGUCCAGCCAAAUGGAAAAGCGCGUGGAGAAAGAAGGUGAAGAUCUGGAAGCGACCUUGGAGUUCUUUUAUCGCAAACACGAGGUCAUGUGUGAGUUCAUAGAGUCUGCAAAUAAAUGCUUAAAACCGUAUUUGCUGUUGGUAUUCGCAGUAUACAUUCCCAUGAGCUGUUUUAUAUUGUACGCAGCCAUCGUAGAUGACACAGCCGCCUAUGACACAGCCUCACUGGAGAGAGUCGUCGUAACAAGUCUAAUGAUUUCAUCAUCCAUGAUUGGAAUAUUUAUGGUUCUUGUCGUUGGUGGAUAUGUAAAUUCCAAGGCUAAUGACAUGACUGGACAUCUCUGGAAAAUAAAACCAUCAUCCUUAUCGGAAAGAGGACUGCAGACACUGACCUUGUUCACCACGAAGCUUUGUGGCCAAUCUGUUGGAUUCAGCGUGUAUGGACUAUUCACUAUAAACAUGCCUGCGAUAUUAACGAUUUUCGGGACAAUAUUGGCUUAUUUUAUUGUGAUUUUCCAGUUUAAGCCACCUGAUUCAGUUGCAUGUCCACUCUGCAACUGCACCACCCCAGCAUAAAGUAUACACCAAUAUCUAGCGUCAUCAGGCAGUAUUCGAUAUUCGAACUUGCUGUUAGCCAUCUUUAAACCAGAAACAGUGACCAUCUUUACAAUAACCGCAAACCGUAAUACUAAUUUCUUUAAUGGUGUUAAAAUUAUUAUGCAGGUAUAUCCUUUUUACGUCAUUGACGUCAAAAAUCAUUAUGUGAGAUACUUCAUACCAUCAUAACUUUGUCUGACAAGCGUUCUGAUGGACGUCACUUGGAGAUAAUGAUGUGCGAGUAUUCCUUUUGUUUGGCUUUGUGUUUUGUGUCACUUUUUCAAACGUCCAAAUCAUAUUCCAUAGGUCAUUCGCUCAGAGAGAUUUUUACUAUUAAAGAUCUAAUCGAAAACAAAAAUACUGGUACAGGUACAACAGAAUACUGGAUUCGAACCUCAGUACCAGCGCCCACCCAGAGAUCAAGGACACUAUAUCGACGUCUCUCUCACUAACCAGUAAAACCUGCUGUUCUGGGCAGCCUGCAUUGCUUUAGUAUGUAUGUGUGUCCAGGACAACAUGCUUGAACCCUUAAUUGAAAGAUAAGCACUAAAAUAAAUGGAAACAUCUAACAUAAAAAUGCGAGCCUCUAUCACGGACAAUGGGGACGAAUCAGUUGAUUGAUUCGCCAGAAAUGAGAGUCGGCCAUGUUUGUUUUAUUAGUAGUAACAACAAUGUGAUCGGCCAUGCAACAGCAACAUAACUGUAAUACCCACUCCGCAACAAAAGCAUUCAGUGGGUUACCUUGUUUUCAAAGCACUCGAACAGACCGAAUGCAUUACAUCUGAUGGAUCAAACUGAUUGUUGGUGCAUUUUUACGAUAUUUAGAUUGCAGCGUGUGGUGAAUUAAGAGGCGAAACAAAGUAUGUUUAAAGCAAAACAAAACAAAGCGAUUACAUUACUCGGAGUUGUAUUAGUUAUGUCUAUAAAUCCGCCCAUACUGUCCUAACUGGACUGGUGUGAAUGUGAUCAUAAAAUAUCAACGAGAGUUUGUCCUGAGUUUACUGCCGUUGUAGCAUGUUUAACACUAAUAAAGCCUCUUUAACGAUUAAGCAUACACAUUAAAUCCAUCAGUGUCGGUAUAUUCCAUUUGUUACUUCUCGGUCAUAAUGCUUGUAUAGCUCGAACUAAAUCCAGUUUGGGCUGCAGCACAGACA